AUGAUGCCUGAAAUUCCAACCAAUUGGAAGAAUUACCCACUUGCUGACCCAACAUUUCAUCAUCCUGGACCAAUUGAUGCCAUUCUAGGAGCAGAAGAAGUUAGCCACAUUCUCCAAAAGGGCCUAGAGAGAUCUAACGAUGGAUUACUUGGUCAAGAAACUACUUUGGGAUGGAUUUUAUCAGGCAGCAUAAGAAAAAGCCCAGCAGUAAAAAUUUUAAGCAUGGUUAGCCGCGUAGAAGAAGAUAAACAACUGACAAAAUUUUGGGACAUUGAAGAGGUAACAAAUUAUCAACCCCGCCCAUUGUCUCAGAAUGACAUAGAUUGCGAAGCACAAUACAACAAGACUAUAAAACGAAACAAAGAUGGGACUUACACAGUCAAUACACCAUUUAAAGAACAUCCACCAAAUCUAGGUGAUUCGAAACCAAAAGCCAUAGCCCGUUUAAUGCAGCUCGAAAAGUCGAAGCUUAACAAGCCAUCAAACCAGAACUUAAAAGAACAAUACAACAACUUCAUGCAAGAAUACAUUAACCUUGGUCACAUGAAGCCAGUCAAACCAGAGAAAAUAAAUGAAGGAAGAUAUUAUAUCCCUCAUCAGCCCGUCAUACGAGAAAGCAGUUCAACAACAAAACUAAGAGUAGUAUUCGAUGCAUCAUCAAAGACCACAAAUGGAAGGAGCCUUAACGAGACGAUGCAUAUUGGCCCAAGACUUCAAGAAGAACUGACUGAUAUUUUACUACGAUGGAGAAAACACAAGGUAGUAUUUACCGCUGACGUCGAGAAAAUGUAUCGACAAAUACAUUUAUCUGAAGAUGAUCAACACUACUAUCGAAUAUUAUGGAGAUUCGAUACAAACCAACCAAUCACAGAGUAUGCUUUAACAACCGUGACAUACGGAACAGCAGCCGCGCCGUACCUAGCAAUAAAAACACUGCAAAGGUUGGCAAUUGACGAAGCAUCAAAAUUUCCGAAAGCAUCAACCGUAGCUCUUCGAGACUUCUAUGUAGAUGAUCUAAUGACCGGAUGCGAUUCAAUUGAAGCAGCCAAACACCUUCAAGACGAAAUCAUUACCUUGCUUCAAUCUGGAGGAUUCAAUCUUAGAAAAUGGUCAAGCAAUAAAACAGAGCUAGUAUCCCGUCUACCAAAUGAACUUCAAGAACAAAAAAGCUCAGAAAUAAUGGAAGAUGAUGUGAAGAAAGCGCUCGGAGUACACUGGGCCCCUGCUGAUGAUACAUUCCGAUUUAAAGUAGAAGUAACAGAACAAACCAAAAUAACAAAAAGAACAAUACUCUCCGAAAGUGGCAACAGUUAAGAAAUCAGAUAGCCAGCCGAUGAAAAGAAGUAUUCAUCAAUUAAUCCCAUUACCAAACAAAAAAGAUCCAGAAGCCGAAGUGAGACAGUCGACACAACGAAAAUCCAGCAUUUCCAAAGUUACAACAAUAGUAACCCUGAUGCUUUGUAUGAUGUUGUGCCCUUCUGUAUACGCAAAUUUCACUGUGAGAAAUAUGAAACCUGGUCUUUACAUAGAACAUCUUGGCCACUCGCGAAUUGAAAAGGGCAUUUUUAGAGUACAGAUAGACUACAACCGACACAAAAUGAAAGAAAAUGUUGAAACCUCCGAAAAUGUUUAUAAAACUUUCGAAAAUCUAUGCGAGAAAACAACGGACAUGACAUAUGACACUCAAUGUUCUACACUAUCUCAUCAUUUACACGAGGUAUUCGAAGAACUAAAGUGGACAACCCAAGUAAUAGAUGAAACACAUAAAAGACGAAAAAGAGGCAUUUUGGGAAAACUGCUUACUUCAGUAUUUGGCGUGAAUGAUGAAGUAUACGAAGACAUCGACAGCAUUCAAAAGAACCAAGAUGAACUACUUAAAGCUGAACAUCACCAAACAAAAUUUAUGCUGUCAGCCUUAACCUCAUUUAACGAAACAGAAGAAAGAAUACAAAACAAAUUGGAAUUGUUCAGAAGAAAAUUAAAUCAAGCCUUAUCAGCAAUGAACGACAUGAAAGGCUGGUUUAAAACCAUUGACACGAACAAGCUGAACAUUCACAUCCUGACAUCAUAUGAAGUAGCCAACGGGUUUAUAACAGAAGUCCUGGACCACCACUCCAAGCUGCUUGCUGUACGUUUCCGGAGAGGCAACUUACACGAAUUGAUUUCACCAAUACGUGUAAAUAGGAUCCUGAACGAUGUUCGAAGAAAAUUACCCCCAACACUGAAUAUAUUGACGGAACCUGUAUUAAAGACCACGAUGAGGACGACAAACGAGUCUUUCCAAGUAUUUAGUCAUUUUUUACUAGUGGGAACCACAAACUUCACCUUGAUGAAAGUGACCCCAAUUCCUGUAAAAAUAUCUAACACAUCAUAUUGGGAACCAGACGUCACCGUUCCAUUUCUCAACGUCGACUACAACCGUCAAUUAUACUAUGGAUUGAACGAAAACGAGUUCAAGUCUUGCAUAUUGACCUCAGCAAACGAAUAUGUCUGUUCACCAACAUCAGUUAAAAAUAUAGAAACGGCAUCUAAUUGUGUAAUUGAUGAAGUAUACCAACGAUUCGAGACAACCAAAUGCAAACUGGUCCAGCGAAGUCUUAUUGGAACAAUAUGGAAAGAACUCUCUACAACUAAUGCAUGGAUGGCAGUUACAAGCAAACCCACCAGAAUUGCGAUAACUUGCAAUGGCGUGAGAGAAGAAGUUACGCUGAACAAGACGAAUAUAAUCCAAAUUGCCCAGGACUGCAUCAUACAAACAAAAUCCAACAUCCUGACGCCAAGAAGGAUUGAUUCAAUCCCAGUGAUAGAAUCCUUCACGAAAACCAUAUCAUACAACUUCACAAAUUUCAAACUGACAACCAACAACUCCUAUCUCAUGGAGCCCAUUGAAUCCGUGAUUAGGGAUUCCCAGAACUUGGAACAUCUUCAGACCAUGGAAAACAACAUUCAGGAAAAGCUCGACGAGAACCAAUGGAGAAAGAUUCAUCAUCAUUCCAUAUCAAUCAGUAUCCUCACGUCAACAACCCUGAUCAUCAUUAUGAUAACUUUGACCGCAGGGUACCGGUUCUGUCAAAGAUGCCGAAGGAAGUCUGCUGACCAUAGAGCUUCAACAACCACCACAUCAUCACCUCAGGAGGGUCAACUGAUGGAACUAAUGCCACUAUAA